UUUUUUAAAUCUUGCUGAAUUGUAGCUUUGAUAAACGUCAAGGACAUAAAACGUAGGUUUCGAAUCCAGAAAUGAAUAGUCACGUGGUCUUUCGGACUCUCCUCCCACUGAUUAUGUUUUCUUGGAAAGCAGAAAAUCUAGGAGUAAACACAUGCACUAUAUCAGAUGAAGAUGUUGAAAACCAUAAGCAACACUUCAAUGACCUCUCAUUAUUGGGGAAAGGAAUGCAGUUUGUUUAUGUGAAUAUCAGUUCUCCCUCAUUUGCAAACUUCACUCUAAAUAUGACGGCAUGGAAUAAAGUCAUUGAUUGGAUAUGGAUAACACAUGAAUAUAGACAUUAUUUAUCAUACCCUGUUGACAUUGAUUUAUUUACACUGGGUUUGAUGAAACAAAAUGUCCGUACUUUGAAUCUUAAUGUUAGUAUACAAAAUAUAUCACACUGUCAUAAUGAAACAUUAUGGAUAAAAAUUUACGAAUACUUAUUUAAAAUCUAUAACAGUUCAAAUGGGUAUUUUUGCCAUCGUUAUUUUGAAGAUCAGGAAUGGAAAGAACUGUUGUUCUUCAUGGCUCACGUAUCUGUUGGUUAUGAAUUCCAUUGCUUUAAUGGACCUGACGUUUCAUCUCCUUUUACAGUUAAAAAAUCCUCUAUUAUAUACAUAACUGUUGCGAUGAUUUUGAUUAUCAUUUCUUACUAUCCAAUGUUAUUGUCAAGGUCUAUGCACGAACGAAAGGUACGGAGAGAACUUGUAGUAUACACUAGAGCUGACUACCCAUACACUCCUCGACGUUUUUUUCUUCGUAUCAUGUUUCAAACAGGGGAACUGAAAUCUGAAAAAAUAUGUGAAUUUCAAAAGAAUUUAUUAAAUUGCUUCAGUGCAACUCGUCUUUCUAUACUGAUAUCUAUUGUCACUGUUACAGCCUUUAUAGUAAAGUUUAAUUUGAUAAAUUACUGCGAAGUUUGCCUCCAUCCAAAUGCCCAUCUUUUUCAGGAAAUUUAUAUAACACAUGGUGUUUCUGAUCAGACUGUUGUUUCUAUUGUUCUCUCUACCAUUGUAAGUUUUUUAGCCCUUUCCGCAUUAAACAAUAGCAUUAUGGUUAUAAGUCACCUUUACUGUGGGUGUUUUUUGGGAUGUUGUAACGACAUAAAUUGUGACUGUUCAUCGCCUUUGAUGAAUGAAAAUGAGGUUACGGAAGGGAAUAAUCCAGAGACCCAAGGCAUCGAAGAAAAUAGAAAUGAGCAAGGAAUUGGUGCAGAUAACAUCAAAAUUGAAGUUAAUAGAAAUGAGGAGCAAGAAAUAAAUACAGGAUCCCAAAACAUCGAAGAAAGUAGAAUUGAACGUGAAAAUAAUACAGGAACCGAAACCAUUGAAGAACAAAGGAAUGAGAAAAAGACAGUAUCCAAAAACAUCGAAGAAAAUAAAAAAUAA